GUCUUUUUCGCCAUAGAGACAACAGCUGAGGUGGACCAACGGGAUGAAGAGACGAGAGAUUGGCAAAUUCUAUAUCAAUUAUCUAACCUAACCUGAGUGUUCUGUCUUUCCUUUCGUUUCUGAGACACAACGCGACAAGGCAAUUGGAGCUCUUGCGAAUGACACGUUCUUUGGAUACAUCACUGCUUUUUUUUUUAUUCUUCACUCACUUAUUGAGACGACAAAGUAUGUACUUGUACCUUGAAUGCUGAUAUAUUUAUGCAAGACUUUAUAAGUAGGUCUUCGAAUCAACAAACACUUGCUAACUACUUUCAUGUACAAAAUUACUACAUUAUUUUUAUCUGUGUUUUUUAUUGUGAAAAUGAGCUAUUUGUGUGAAAUGAAAAUUAGUGUUUUUGAAAUAAGGUGACAUGUUUGGCUAAAUUAAUAUAUAAUCAACAAGUUCAUCUUAUUGGCUAAUUGAAAAUGUAGCAAUUAAAUCUGCAAGAAUUGGAGGUUAGGAAGAUUGCAGCUGACAGAAAAUUAUUUUAAUAAAAUGGAGAUUAAUCCUUUGAGUAUUAUUCUUGUGAAAAGUGACAGUAAGGGUGACAGAAUGUUGUUCAGGUAUCCACAUACCACUAAUUACAAAAGAGAUUCAAGUCAAUGUACAAAAAGGAAAAAUCCUUACUCUUUGAUUAUCGCUAAAGACUCUUUGCAGUCACUACCAUGUCCAACAUCAAAUAUUACUAAUGGAAACCUCACUGGAUUACCCGACGAAGUUCUGUCAACUCUAUUUGCUGUCAAGCCAGAGCUUUGUGAAAUGAAAUUUGAAUUAAAAGUAAAUAAUGUGAGGUUUGUUGGUCACCCAACUCUAUUGUCAUCUAGGGGAAAGGAAGUUAAUUCAUCAAUGUUAUUCAAUGUUGUGUUUGCACUACAAGCACAAGCUGAUCAGUCAGUUGUCAAGUGUUACUAUGACCUCAGUAAAAGACUGGGAAUAGCUUUGAGACAUGAAGAAAAACGAUGUGGAUUUUUGUCCGAGGAAAUUAAAAUGAUGGUCUCUACUCAUGAUGAAAUUGCCACUAGGUCCGAGGAAGAAAGUGAUAAUGAAGAGUCACCGUAUGAAUUAAUAUUAAAGAAAAGCACAUUAGCAAAAGACCUUAAAACAGCAUUUGAUAGUUUAUGUAAUACUGGAAUAGUUAAUUUAUUAAUCAACAAAUGGAUAUUAGUUAGUUUUUGUUUACCACAAAAAGUACAUCAAUUUCAUAAGAAAGGUUUUAUAAUGAAUCCUGAUGCAAUUGAUAGAUGCUUAAACAGUUUAAGGCCAUACCACGGUCUACUUUUGUUAAUUGAGCCGAUAGAUCUACUAGAUUCGUUGCCAACUGAUGCAUCGCCAGCUCUAAGACGUUUGAUUCAAAUGUACAAUCCGUUAAAGAGUCUCCAAACUUUAGCAGCAGAUUCAGAUUUAUCUUUAGCCCAAGUUUUUCAAUUAACUGGUCAUUUAGUUUACUGGGCUAAAGCAACUAUUAUUUAUCCUCUCUGUGAGAAUAAUGUCUAUGUUAUUUCCCCAGACGCAAUGAUUUCUAGUCAAUUAAUGGAAUCUUUUUCGGACCAAUUUCCUGGACUCAAUUUAUUACAAGUCAUUAGUGAAUUUUCACUUCCAACUUCAAUCAGCCACAAAUUAAAUCCUCUAAGCCAACCGCAACAGCAGCAGCAAUUAGUAAAAAUAAUUAUCUGGAUGUUAAAAAAUCAUUUAUUACUGCAACUACAUACAUAUGUUCAGUAUAUGCCCACUGAUCACGGUCGGCAUCCAAUGGAGACCAUAAGUCAAGAUGGGUCUAGUCCAACUGGAGCUACUGAGAAUGACAACAGCUGGAGUCUAAACAAUACCCCUAAGGGAACACCAAGUGAGACUGUUAGGAUCGAUAGAUCAGUUCCGAUACCAAAAGAAGAUGAAAUCUUCGAAUACCGACCUGAAAAUUUCUCUAUUCCCUCUGAUGACAUUAUGUUACUUGAUAAACUUUGUAGACUCGGAUAUUUUGACGGUCGACAUCAUCUAGAAGAAAUAAUGUACCUAGAAAACAUUCGACGAUCCCAACUUCUUCAAAUUCUAGAUAAAUUUCGGGAUAUUCUCAUCACGUCUGAACACGAAGAUCCAGCUAUUGCAUUAUUUUACUCACAGCAUGGGUUUUCAUGAAUUGAAGAUACAUUUUAUAUAUUUUUUUAAUAAAAAUACUUAUCAAUUCUCUCGAAUAAAAAACUAUUGGAUAAAUAAAAGUACAAUGUACUCA